UGAUAUUGCCAAAGAAAAAAAGAACCCAGAAUACAGAAGGUGGGUCGGUCAUUAACCAGCUUGACACAUGCUUUAACUAUAAAACAAUUCUUUCCAUUUUAAGAUCAGCACAAAGGUAAUGUAGCUUCCAUGGGUUAAAAUGAAGUUAACUUGUGUUGAGAAUCUGUUGAACAUGUGUGUCUGUAAUAUGUGGGCUGAAUUAGGAGUAAUGUAAGGGCUUUCACCAGGAACAAUGAAGGUGAUUUGCUGGUUUUGCAUAACAAGAUUGCCGCCAUAAAAAAGAGCAUCUGAAGUAACAUUAUUGAUGAAGUUGACUGAAGGGAAACACUAUUGGAAUUUUUGCUUACUGUUGCUUCUUGCCGAGAUAAGACUCAGUGUGUUGGGAAUGUGCAUGAUGUAAGAAGUACAGGUGUUGCUGAGUUUGACUUCCUCACAGAGAACCUCGAUAGCGGACGUUAAACUUGUGUUAAUUCACUUUAAUUUUCAUUUUAAGCGCCAUCUUUAUCAUAUUGUGUCCUAGCUGUGAUAUCUCAAUGUAAAUUUUAUAAAAAUGGAAUUUUUAAUGCUUUCUUCCCCCUUCCUUACACAUGCCAUUCUGAAACUCGCCCCAGUCCUCUCUCAGAAAUCGGAGCAAAUGCAUUUGGUGCGCACUUUCUGUAACUCUACUGCAAAAAUGAGUACGGUGACCCCAUUUUUUAUUUCAUGAUUUUAAUAAGGACAGUGCUUCCUUUCAAUGAGGAAAGAAAACGGCAUAAAUCUAUGUUCAGUUUUUUGGCGAUUUUACUAAAUUGUACGGAUUGAGCUAUAAUGGGUCAAAUAGCACGUGUCUAAAUUAAGUCUACUGUGGAGCAUAAAGUAAAAAGAAGGGCAUUUAAAGGCAUCUUUCUGGUACAUAGGUGGAUAAACAAUACAUUGAAGUAAAAUUCUGUAUGAUACCACAUGCAUCAUUGAAAAAACCUCCUUUUUGUCUAGUUUUGGGCUGUGUGCAGUUCUAAAUAGCUGUAUUCAUCAGCAUUGUGAUCUGUAAACGAGCACAGUGACCCCCCACUUUUUAUUAGCGUACCAGGUUUCAUCUACAGUGCAUGUUGGAUUCUUUUACUAAGGAAUCAUCUCAAGUCAUUCCACAAGGGCCUGUUGUUUUUCCUGAUGAUUAUGUGAGAUUGAAAGUUGAUCGCUUACCUAUCAGGAUGUCCUAGAAGCCAGUGCCACAAUGUACCUGCUACUCAGCCAUUAGACCCAUAAGAAUGGUUGUAUUUUAUUUUUUGUUACUAAUAGGUACAUUGAAGCUCUCCUUGAUUACCUGUAUGAUUAUACUCAACGAGUACUACCACUCUAUGACCUGGAGGGGGUAAGUGUUGUCCCCUAUUUGUAGUAAUAGGGCACUUAAGCAACGACCAAGGUGGUAAAAAUGUCCCUUAAAAGUGAAUUCGCACUGUUUGAAGAUUCAUUGCUCUUAAUAUAUCCCAAGUCAUUCCAUUAAUUUUGUCAAACUUGUGUUUACAUCCUACACAAAACAUGAAAUUAGGCAGUUUCAGAUCAUGGUUGUGCAAGGAUGGUAAAGGAAUAUACACUGUACAAAAAGGGAUGAUGUACAUGCAAAGUUGGUGUUUUGCUACUAUAAACCUACAGCUAGUGUAUUGCUGUUCUUGUUGCCAUGGUCAUCAUCAUUGCUUAAGAUUCCUAACAACAAAUUCAGAAAGAAAUGUUUUGAUAUUUAGAACAUCAAGAAACAUAGGAGUGAAUGUUUGUGACUUAAGAGUUGUUUGAUACCUCAGGAAAACAUCUCUUUGUGUGUUGUAGCUUCUUGAGUCCCUAAUUUAUCUUCUUGUUGCCAGUGUGCAACAAUUAAGUUGUUAUAACUUAAUGUAAAAACUUUUUGUGCAUAUAAGCCAGGGUGAACCACAACUUACCACAUAAUUUUUUUUCCAAAUUUGUUUAUACUGGGAGAUAACUUUGAAACCUUCUGUUGCUUGAGUUAGCUUCUCGUAUUUUUGCCAAUAAAACCUUUGGAUAUUUGUAUGUUACUGUAACAUAUCUACAUGAAUAACAUUUGAGACUUUUGUACCAUCAGGAGCUUGAUAAAGUCAUGGCAGAGUUUGAUGAGCAGUGGAAUAAAGGGACAUUUCCUGGAUGGAUGGUAAUUGUCAUUUGUAUAUGAUGGUGUAUAUGAUGAGAUUUGUUGAACAAAAAACUAACUCCCCAUUCCCUAGAUAUUUUUUAUUCAAAGGAUAGCAUUUCCAAAUAUAUUGUACAUCUUGAGAAUACAAUGUAUUUUUGUGACUCCCAAAAAUUCCUGCAGGUAUUCAGUUUAUUCUGUGAACCAAAAUUCAUAAAACAGUGCUAGAGUCCUUAUAAAGUACUUGUAGUAAUUUAUUGUCUUCAUAUGGUAAUUAUUUUGUAUUAUUUAUUAGUAUUUGUCUUGUAACUUAUAUCUAAGGAGACCUUAUUAAUAUUUGUGUAAGCUACAUAGUGUCUUUUAGGCCCCCUCGUCAUUGUUAUCUUUAUUCUUUCUAUCUUUGUCAUUGUCAUAAUUAUGUAACAGAGUAUCUGUGGUGAUGCAAAAUAGAAAAAAAUAUAUAAGUAAUUUAAUUUGCCAUUUUGGAAACGAGAGGGAAACUCGCAAAGCCCUCAGGGAAUAUUACUAGGGACAUGGAAAAAAUUGGCCUAUAGCUGACUGGUGAGUCCCCAGUAACAAUCCCACAACCAAUUCAGGGCAUAUUUUGGCUCCAGUGCCCUUCUCGUGUGAGAGGAAACAAAAGAUUGAGACAAACAAAACUGUUGGUUAUAAGCAUGAUGUCCAUAAAGCAGGAUUCCACUUUCGUCACUAGCGUCUAAAUUAAACAGCCCCACUCAAAUAAUUGUUUUUGGAUCGGUGGGUUAUAUUACCUGGUACCUCAGUUUAUAUCUGUUACAGGUCAAAGUCAAAUUCAAGUCAAAUAUUUUUGACGCAGGUUGAUUCUCAAUUUCCCUUGUUUCCUAGCCCUAAUGUAUGAAUAGUUUUUUAUUAGGGCUAGGAGACAAACGAAAUUGAGAAUCAACCUAGGUUAAAAAGUUUUAACCUAAAUAUAAUUUUCACCUGAAACUUAUCCCAUAAUGGACAUUCUCUUUCUUGAUGACCCAUUUUUCAGAAAGAUGCAAGUAGUGCCUUAGCUCAUUCUGGUGCUCAUUUAGAUCUCUCUGCUUUUUCAUCUCCAGAGGUGAGUGCUUAGUUUUUUUAAUUUUGAUUAAAAGCACAUCUACUUACAAGAGCCUUUUUAACCAUGUCAACAUUAUUUUCUUGCAUAAUUUUUUGUUGCAUGUAUUUGUUUCUUUAGAAACAUCUGGUUUACCAUACAUCGAGCUAGUUUAAACAAAGUCCUGCCUUUUAAAUAAUAAAUACUGUAAAAUCCCAAAAGUGAUGACCCUGAUUACUUUCAGAGUAAGCACCUUUUGGGUUCACUGCUUUCAGAGGCUCAUUUCUCGGGUGGUCAUUACUUUCAGGGAGCAAGCAACUUUUUAUUUUCAAAAUAACUGAUGGAAAUUCAUUUUAGAAGCAAGUUUCCAUCACGUUUCUCAUCACUACCACAUGGCUGGGUUCUUCAUGUCUAGAACAUGUUGUCAGUGGUUUUUUGGCAGUUCCAUUUUGAGCCCUUAACUCUUGCUUUGCACUAAUGUCAAAGAAACAUUAGAAAUCUCUCUUUCCUUCUCCUUGAACCCACACAACCUCGUGCCUCGUGUUGUUUGGCAUGUCAUCUUGAUGUCCUCUUGCAGUACUCGAAUAACUGCCACAGCACUUAUUAACAUUUUCACGCCUCAAGUGCGGCGCUUAUUCGAGGGUGGUGUUUAUUUGAAAGUUGGAUGCUAUCAAGAAUUGUAUUUAAUGCGGUAUUAUUACUUUCCUUGUUAAACUAAAAGAAUUAACAUCUUUUGAUUUUAAUUAUACAUCAUAUCAGGAUUACACCGCUUGAAGUUUCUUUCUCCCAAAUGUGACGUUUAUUCGAGGAUGGCACUUAAUUAAGUAAAUACGGUAAAGGCUAGUGCACAACCUCUACUAAUAUGUAGGCGCACGUCCCACUGUAACUCCAUCUCACUUUCCGACAUACAAUCUGUUGUGUUUUCUUCUCCAUUAAGGAGUUAGCCUCCUUAGGACUUGACAGACUUAAACAAGCUCUUCAAGCACUUGGACUCAAAUGUGGGGGGUGAGUACAUAUACUUUUGGAUCCAGUCAUAGUUCUAAAGGUGAUUUGAAGAAAAACUUAACCCUUUCACUAACGUUUAGAGUGAAUAAGGGAUUGUCACAAGGUGGUUCCAAUUGUUCGGUCUGUGGACCAAAUCCUAUGGUGUGACCGUUCCAGAGAAAGCGUUUUGGCAGUACGUUAAUGUGGUUAUUUUGAACAGUUUGCUCAAUUUUCAGCUCUUUGUACAUAUUCAGUGACAAAGGAGUUAGCAGCCAUCAAAAACUGCUAUGUUAAAACUUUUGAGUUUUUGGAAGAGAAAUUCUCCGAAACUAUUUGUAUAUCAGGCGCAAAUUUUCAAAGAUAACUGAAAUUGUCAUGCUUUUUCAAUAUUCUGAGUUGUUAUUUUAAUAGCUUGAUCAGGUGAUGAAUCAGGUAUCAGGUAUGUUUAUGCAACCUCGUUCCCAGGGUUCUCUCCUACCCGUCCCUAGGUGAAAAAAACGAUGUUUAUGUGGCAAAAAAUGUAAACAAAGAUUCGCCUAUUGGUCGGCAUCUUCCAGUGUUUGGUGAGAAGGCGUUUGUCCUUCUUCUUGGAUUCUACUGUUCUUUGCUUUAGUAAACGUCCUCUUUCACGUUUAUUUCAGAACGCUUGAAGAUAGAGCACAAAGGCUGUUCAGUACAAAAGGUAUGAUCCCGCAAACAAUGAAGAAGUCAAGAUUCUCAAGAUAAGAAGAGAUAAUCAUCAUUGCUGAAUCACUGAAGCAUGUUCCUCUACCCAGUGAUAAUUUAACCUCCCUGGUACCUGGGCCCAGUUGUUCGAACGGCGGUUGGCGCUAACCUAGAGUUAAAUUUCAACCCGGGCUUCUUUUUCUUUUCAUCAAAAGCACUCUCUCGGAUAAUUUUCUGUAUUCUUUUUAUAGUUUCCAGUCAUCAAAUUCUAGGCAAAGAGAAUUAAACUGGAUUUGUUGUUUAAGCUCUCAUAUCUGAGUUCAAAUUUCGCACUAACCCUGGGUUAUCUUAACCCAGCUUCGAACAACCAGGCCCUGGUGAAUAGUUUGCUGACUUCUACAAAACCGGUGUGUUCCGUUAUUCAUAUUAUUUUGUUUCAGUAAAAGAAGCAAAAAUAUAAAACAUUAUUACCAUUGACAAAAGAAAUCGGAGGGUACAGGUAAUUGAUCUCGCCUUAAGAAAGUGUAAAUCUUUAGGUUCUUCUCGCUAGAGCAAUAUGUAAAAGGUUUUCAAAGGUUUCAAACCGGUAGAGAUGUAAGGCCUGCCUCUCCUUUCAGCUUUACGGGAGAUACACGGCUAAAAAAAAACAGUGGAAACUAAAUCAACCCGGUGACGUUUUCUCCGAAAACCCGAUGAAGAUAUAGAUUCCACUGGGUCUGUUACAAAGAGGUACCUUAAAUACAUGCACAAGUUGUCUAAAGUUUAUUUUUUGUUCCAUUGAAGGAGUGCCAUUAGAUCAACUAGAUCCAUCGUUAUUUGCUAAAGCACGAGCUGGAAAAGGACGAGACAACGUACAAAAACAGAAAGAGAUUGGUGCACUUGAGGCUCAGAUUUAUCAUUUAACAGAAAUACUUGGUGUAAGUUAUUGUUUGUUUCCCCUUUUCUCAAUUUUGUCACACUCAGCACACUGGGAUUUAUAGUUCUGUUACUUUCAUUGUGCUUGAUACCGAUCUAUCUUAUCUCGUAAAAGGCUCAAAAGUGGCGAAAAGAAAACCUAAAACUAUUGUUCUAAUGUUGUUACCUAUUGCGGGAAUAAUUAUUGAAGAACCCAAACUAUUGUUGUCGCUUAAUCUCUAUUGCAUAUGUUUUUGUCAACCGUAGUAACUUGUUUUCAAAAAAUUCUAGUGGGCAAGGCGAAACGAAAACAACUUUAGCACGACCACGUAAGGAACUUGGGAUCAAUCUGGGUAACUGACCAUCAACUCCUCCCCUAACACUUCUCACUUGAGGCAAAAUCGUGACUUAAGGGAGGGGUAGGUGGUCAGUGACUCAAUUGAGGUUUCUGGGUAACUUACCACCUACCCCUCCCCUAACACUUACCUCUCACUUAGGGCAAAUUGUAAUUUAAGGAAGGGGUAGGUGGUCAGUUACUCGAUUGAGGUUUCUGGGUAACUGACCACCUACCCCUCCCCUAACACUUACUUCUCACUUUGGGUAAAAUUCUGACUUAAGGAAGGGGUAGGUGGUCAGUUACCCAGAAACUUGAAAUGAUCCGAAAGCUGCAAAAUCGGGGCUUGAUGUCAAGUUACACCUGUGGUAGCGAAACUACGGUGUAGAAGUGGCAUGUUCAGGCUAGGCUACAGACAUCACUAGAAUGGGGAGCGGGGAACAAGAAAAUUAAAAAUGGGAACAAAACAGAUAGGGGGUAUUAAGUUGCUUUGAGUGUUACGGUUUAAGUUAGUUGUUGAUCCCAUUUUCCCAUUCCCCGUUCCUGAUUUUAGUCACAUCCCUGGCCGACCACCUCUGAUGUAUACAAUGACUGGACUUUUUUAAAACAGUGGUUGACAUUUGAAGUCACAAUUUUGCGGAAUGACAGAGUUUUAAUAAAAAUGGAAGUUCAUUUUAUAUAUUUUAAAUAUUACCUUAGGAACAAAGGCAAGCAACAAGGGAGAAUGUUGAAAGAAAGCAAGCGCGCACAUCAGAUGAAUUGGAGGUAUGUCGACACCCUUGCAGUGAAAGAUUUCAUGCCCCCAUUACAGUAGUGUGUUUGUUUAACAGAAGAAGCAUGGAGACGUAGUGGUACACUCCGGAUCUGUAAAUCCGGGUUUAACACUACCAUUAAGAUUUGUUUUUAGAUAUGAAAUUCUGCUCCACUCUGUCUCUCUUCACGAAAGUGCGGUGUAUGAAUGGGUCCCUGUGACACAAUAGCAUCUCCUUCUGGGGAGAGUGGUAACACUUCUAAGUGCUCCUUGCCACUGAAACUGUGACAAGCUCUGGUCUUUUGGCCUUAUAUGCUCGUAGUUCUUAGUUCUUUUUUCAUUGAAGAAGUUCCAGUAUAUACCCUCGCCUUGAGAUACAUUACUUUGCAAUACAUUAGAAAUGCUGUGUUUUCAAACUUAAACUAUUACUGAUUAAAAAGUUCUGCUUUUGAGAUUAAUUACUUCGUAAUAGUCUGUCGUAUGUGUAACUAAACGUGUGAAUCAUCCGUUUGGGUCUAUUGUUUCUUUUCAUAGAAUAGAGCGCUUUUCAAUUGAGUGUCGAAAACCAAAACCAAAGUAAUCACAACGGCCAAUCAGAGUAAAGGAAAUUAUAAGAGGGAGCCAAUGGCAACUCGAAGUAAACGCGUGUAACCGGCCUGUAGCGCGGGAAAACGCGAGUGACCAAGGAGCGAUUGGUUUUAGUUUACAUCUGAUUGGCUGAGAGGGUGGCGCGAGUUUUCUAGACCAAUCAAACAGCACAGUAAAGCAAAACCAAUUCAAUCCUGGAUUACUUUCAACACUCAAUUGAAAAUUGCUCUAUUAAGACAUCGGUUUCGGAAAUAGUAUUUUUUGAAAAGCUAUUCGGUUUAUUAGUGUGAACCUACCCUAAGUAGUCAGUGGCGGAUUCAUGGGAGGGGUCCCCUGUUCCCCCCCCCCCCCACAUAUUUUUAGACCAAACUGAGACCCGAAGGGCCCAAAAAAAUUUUUUGGAGACCGUCCCCUCCCUGCCCCUUAUCUCUGGGUCUGGAUGACCCCCCUCCCCGCCCUACAAGGGUAUUUGAAACAAUUAGGAAGGAAGUUCUACCCAUGUUUACUACUCAUAGAUCACAAAGCAAGUAUAGUAGACUUAUCUUAUUUACUUAUCUUUGCCUUGUUAUAGGAAGAAGAAGAGCAUGAAGAAGGUCACGAGUCCGAUUCCGAUGAUGAAGAAACUGUUCUUUAUAAUCCUAAAAACCUACCUCUUGGAUGGGAUGGAAAGGUAUAGCUGCUUUUGUCUUUCUUUUGUCGUUGCUUGAAUUUCUGUGUGACAUUUCAUCAUUAUUUAAUGUGUCAUACUGCUUUCCCUUCAUUUUCAAAUUACUUUAUUGGUACUUAAUUGCGUGUUUUUUGCUAUUGUAAAAAAAAAUCAUGAAAUCAAAGACCUGCGAAUAAAAAUCCUCGCAAAGUUUAAUGCCCCGUAUGGAAAUUCCCUUCACAGAAAAAAUUGACUAAAAUGUAAUAACAAUGACAUAUACAGGAUAGAUAUCAACAAAUACACUGUACCCAGGGGCGGAUCCAGGAUUUUUCUUAGGAGGGGGUGCACCACUAACUGACCGAUGACGUAAAAAAAUUUAAAAGCGAAUACGAAGAAGAGGGCUUUUGACUAGGAAAUAACGUAAUGUGAACUGCUGAGAAUACAUAUCAAACGAUAGAGCAGAUUUCGUAUGUCUGUCAAGCGACUGCACAGUGUUAAUUAGAAAGCGGCCGCAGGUCAUCUCAGGGGGGGGGGGUGCGCACCCCCUGCACCCUCCCCCUGGAUCCGCCCCUGGUACCCAAACAAUUAACAUAUUUUACUGGUAGGUUUAUCUUCUGUUGUGAAAUAACGUGAAUUUGCGAAUUUGCAAAGAUUUCACAGUGCAUUAGAAAAUCUAGCUAUCAUCUUCAUCUGAAUCGCUAAAUUCGUGGAAGUGCCUUUUCUAAAAAUUUUUAAAGAGUUCAGACUUUAUGAAAAAAUGAAAUGAAGAUCAGGAUGUUUGAUUCGCGAAAUUUUAUAUUGAGUCUAGUCAACUCUCUCUUAACGGACACCUGGUGUUGGUCCCUGCCGUUUUUCACUGAGUCAUUUUACUGUAACAAGACGGACAACGGACACUUUUGAAACCAUUAACAGACAAUUUGGAGGUGCUUUAUGUCGUGAAAAAUAGCUCAAAACGGAAUGCAGGCGUUCCAUAUGACAGUAAAUUGCAAAAUGUUUGAUAUUGUGUAGUCUUGUUACAGUUCACAGAGUGUACACUGUUACGCUUUUAGAUCACGAAUCCGUGAACGUUUGCUUGUAAUGAACGUUCUACUACACGAUGAGAAAAUAAUUCCACAUUUCUGUUACAAUGUUCCAGUUUUAGCAGUUUUGUACAACUUAAACAGACGUAUAUUCAUUGCGAAUAGGUUCAACUUUAAAAUUACUGGUCUCAGGUUACCUCGACUCUUUAUAAGCCGGACACCUCUCUAAGACAGAGUUGACGGUAUCCGCGAAAUUAACUACCAAUAACAAACCAGUUAGCUUGUACAGGAAUUUCUCUUUUCAACCGUAUUGGCGAUUGCACAGAUAACUUAUGAAGGAGUAAAAAUAUUCCCACGAUAUUUAACAAUAAUUAUUGGACAAGGUCAAGCAAAAUCGUAGCUUGGUUUGUCGGUAGCGAGCUGAGAUAAGUUUUCUGGCAUCCCCAGAUAAUUGAUCAAAUAAUUAUUCAACUUGCUCGUCAAAGUACAGUACAACUCGUCACACGUUUCAAUGACACACCAAAACAUCUAAUACAAUGCAUGUAGUGAAGUAACAAGCUAACUCGUGACAGCUGUUUUUUGGAUUGUUUGGCUAGUAGAUACCGAGCAAGACUUAAGAACGAUAUUUGGUAAACGUUAUUUUAUGACAACUGAUUGACUGACUGCUUUGUGUUUUUAUUUUAGCCCAUCCCUUACUGGUUAUACAAGUUGCACGGGCUCAACAUAAGCUACAAUUGUGAAAUAUGUGGAAAUUUCACAUACAGGUAUAAUGAAAACAAUACUGCAGUGUCGUGUUUUAAUAUCUGUAUUAGCAGAGAAAUUUCACCUGUUGGUGUAGGUGUAUCCUUCUGAUAUUAUUAUGUUCUAUCCUCACUAUCACAACAUCAGUAUUGAAGUUUUUGUCGCAUUAUUAAAGGUUCAAAUAAUUAUUCUUCCUUUCUAGUGACUGUCAGACACAUGCUUUUUCUUCUCCCUCUAACCUUAACUAAAGUAAAACCGUUGGGCUGAAAAAUAAGCUCUCCAAGUUGCGUAUUUGUGUCCCCUUAGAUUUCAAAAAGUUCUUUCUGUUUUGUUAUUGCUUAGUAGUGACUAACGUUUUUCUAUUCUUUGCAGGGGUCCGAAAGCAUUCCAGAGGCACUUUGCGGUAUGUUGCUUUCCAGCAAUUCAUUUAUUGAUAAUAGCAAGUUGUGUAGUAUUCGUACUACAAGAACAUGUAACGCAAAUCAGCAUGGGUCAAAAAUAAUAGAUUUCUUCAUGAUUGCACCCAACCGACCUUUCGUGCAGUCCGGCCUUUUUACGUCAUGAUUGAUGUAAGAUUUUCAUUUUGAAGACUUCCCAGGACUGCUUCCCUGAAACAAUUCGGGUUUUCAUGUUGUCCACUUGAGUUUUGCUUCAGAGUUGGCUGAUAUUGUUUUUUUCAUAGACCUUUUUGGCCCAAAUAGACCUCUUUAGCUUGUAUGUUUAGUUUUCUCAAUGUAGGUGAUGUGUCGCCCCAAGGGCGUUGUCUUUUAUCAAUUCUGCAUACAUAAUACAUUAUGCACGUGAAUGGACGAAGAUUGAAAGAAACAGUUCUCCAGGGUAUCACGUUUUGAAAACAAAACGUAGAAGCCAGUUUAGAGGUCUAUCUAUUGUGCUCAAAUGGUUCCAGAAGAGGCUAAGGGCCUGUUUACCUGGAGGUGAGGGACCCCAGGUAGGUGGGGUAACCCGCCUGUACAUACAAUCUCUCAUAUGAUCGUUUACAUGAUAGGUGGGGUGAGCAUAUGAGAGGUUAUAAUUAUGGACAGGCACUUUACCCCACCUAAGCGGUUUACCUCUCCUACCUGGAGUCCCCCACCUCCAUGUAAACAGGCCCUAAAUCAAACUUAAGUACUGCGGGGUAAAACUUACACUUCAUAGCUGACACGUAUUUUUUAAGCAAUAGUGUUCUUUACCUUUACUUCACUUACAAAUGAUUGUGAUCUGCUUUACUCCCACUCAGGAAUGGCGGCAUGCACACGGCAUGAGAUGUCUGGGAAUCCCAAACACAGCGCAUUUUGCCAACGUCACCUUAAUAGAAGACGCUGUAGCAUGUAAUGUUGAUUCAUUUCUUGUAUUAAAACUGAGGGCUGGUUUACCCAAACAUGUACCAAAAUUGAUAUAAGCGGGGCGAAGGCAUUGAACUGUAACUAGUUUGCAGCGUAGGGUUUUCCAUAUGUGGGGGAAAUAUCUAACGAAAUCUUUUCAUAUGACUGCAAGCUACAAGUAGUUUCAGCACCUUGCCCACAAUAAAUAUACUGCAGUCAAGCUGAGUUCAAAUCAGCUGACAAGCGCCAGUUUCCUAAAAAGGGUCAUGUUCGUAGUGUUGUUUGUGGUUUAAAGUUUGCUCUUCAAUGCAGCAGAAGCGCAUAAAAACAGUAAAUAAUUUUCUUGUACCAGUGCUUGCAUGCUUGUGUGUGAAGCAGCACAUUAUUUCUCGGGCAUUUUGUAAGUUACCCAUUCGUAAAACUACAGUGGAAGCUCUCUUGAGCGGACAUUCUUAGGAUGCGAAAAAGGUGUUCGUAACUGGAGCUGGCCGCUUAUGGGAAUGAAAAAAUACAGAGUUUGUAUGGGAGUUGAGAAAAACGGGGUUUUGCGAAGGCGGUCGCAAGUAGAGCUGUCCGCUUACGAAAGCGUCCGUUAGGGGAGCUUCCACUGUAGCAGAAGAGCAAACUGGUUAUGUGAAAUCUACCGCAAAUCCAGUACUUCUGGAGUAAAUUUUGAUAAUACCAAAAGAUUGUUGUGAAAAUUGUAUAAGCAAUUUAUUUCUUGCCAUGUUUCCCUCCUAGCAAAAAAUCUCUUUUAUAAUGAAGUUUAUUGCAGUGUCUAUAUACUGGGAGUUUUUUGCUUCGUUAUCCUUAAAAUUUAGAUGAAGUGAGUGACUGUUAUCCUUUUGUUCUUUUUACAGUAUGGCAUAAGUUGAAGGCAGUAAAAGCAAAGGAGCGGUGGCUCCCUGAACAAGAGGCAAGUCAUUUGCGCGGUUUUCAUAAUUUACAACCGCUUUUGCAGAGUUUAAUAGCAUUCAAGACAGUGUGGAGGAGGGGAAUGAAAACUUCGUUCUCGCGUUCAAUUCGGCUUAAUGUCGCCCCACACUUGAAAAUAACAGAAUCUUACUUCGCCUUCCCUUUCUCUUAAUAUCACUUCUUAAUCUUUUAAAAUGGUUAUGAGAGUAAAGGAAAUAUUCACAAAAGAGGGUAAUUCCUUGAUUACUGAGUAAUUGUAAGGAGAACAAAUAGUGUGGUAUAUGUGCUUUUGAAGCAAAGGUGUAAAGGUUUAAAGGUCACAGUAUAAUUAGAAUUGAAGUUAGCUAAACGUACAUAAGGGUAUUUCUUAAAAUCAUUGCGCUGCGGCUAAUCGUUCAUUGACUAGCACGAGAGUUCCUGCACUUUGUGCCAUUUUGAUUUACAGAACUUGCGUCGGCUAACUACCGUUAAAGAUUGUCAAAAACUUCAAAGUGAUUUUUAUUCGAACUUAAGUUUAAGCCAAUGACACUGUUUAACAUCGUCGAGCGUUUGUUGUUCAGCAUUUGUUGUGCAAUAUAGCUGCAUGCAACAUAAGUUAAACUGUUGUCAUUAUUGUUCGUUUGCAGGAAGAGUAUGAAGAUUCUCUUGGAAAUGUUGUUAACAAGCGAACGUUUGAGGAUCUCAGUCGCCAAGGCCUUUUGUGA